AUGGCGCUUGGCACAAUUGUGGAGGAGCAUUCAAGUUUCCAACAGCACCACCGACCCUCGCUGCCGUCCCCGCCUCCUAUUAAGACAUCGUCUCCCGAACCGCCGCCGCCGCCACUCUUACCACACUUGCGCACCAAUGAAAUGAGCCUCGGCGAGCGAGUAUCUAAAGUGAGUCAUUUUUAAAUUAAAUAAGUCAUGUACUCGUUGAAAGGUGCUCCUUUUGUUCUCAUUCAAAAACUCUGUAAAAGACAUUUGUUUAGAUUUUUUGUUUUCCUUAUCACCCCCCCCCCCUUCUUCCUUUGUUUUAUGCUUUCCCAUUUUUCCACUUUUCAGUUUGUAAUUGAGGCGCGAUGUACCGACAACAUGCUCUUUUCGGGUGCCAUGGCAGUCGGCGGUUUUGUGUUAGUUAUGCAGAGUUUUCCAAUCUUCAUGAACAACUGGGUGUUUCUAACGGAGCCACGUAGCAUCAACAAGACGAAUGAGAAUGGAGAACAACUAGUGAGUUGAUUACAGAUCGUUUUCACAUACAAUAAACAUACGAUUUUAGGAAUCAACGUUUCACUAUAACACGGGUUACUUUCAAAUUUGUCGAGUUCAUAUCAAUAACAACUCUGGAAUCAUGUUUGAUGAAAUGGAAAUUCCACGUGAGUUUUUUAUUCAAAUUAACUGAGAGAAACUAGAAUUACAGCUUCUGAAAGUGAAUACAAAUGCUACCUCAAUCCUCUUCUUUCCCAAGUCGAUCUCAGCGACAUUUCCCUUGCUUCUCUCGCGGUAAUUAGUGAGUGUGCUUGA